UCUCUCUCUCUCUCUCUCCCUCUCUCUCACACACACUACACGCAGUAACUAUCGCGGACACACUCUAUAAGAUAUGCAGCAGUGCAUCAACUUUGCUGGGCGUGUCCUGUUUCUUUUCCUCUCGUGAUCUAUAAUCUUUUGAUUUUUCUCUUAAACUGUCAUCUGGGAUCCUCUUUCUUUGGUUGUUUGAUCAGCUCUUCACGAGAUAAAGCUGAUUGUGUCCAGAACUUCACCCAGUUUUUCUUGUUAUUCUUUCAGGUUCCUGAGGAGAGUAAUCACAGCCGAUAUCAAUCCGUGAUUCUGGUUGAUAGAAUCAGUGGAAAUCCCGUGUUAAUUUUGCCUUGUUAGUUUCUUUUUGGUCUGAAAAGUAUUGUCAAAGUCAGGGGAAGAGACUGCUUUUUGUUUGUCAUAUAGGGGUGAGACCUGAGAGGGAAUGGCGACUAGGAACAUUGAGAAGAUGGCAUCAAUUGAUGCACAGUUGAGACUGUUGGCACCAGGGAAGGUCUCAGAAGAUGACAAGUUGGUGGAGUAUGAUGCCCUUUUGCUGGAUCGCUUUCUUGACAUUUUUCAGGACUUGCAUGGAGAGGAAAUUCGCGAAACGGUUCAAGACUGUUAUGAGCUUUCAGCGGAGUAUGAGAGGAAGCGUGACCCCCAAAAAUUGGAUGAACUUGGACGAAUGCUUACAAGUUUGGAUGCUGGAGAUUCCAUUGUGGUUGCCAAAUCUUUUUCCAACAUGCUUAACUUAGCCAACCUUGCUGAAGAGGUUCAGAUAGCUUAUAGACGUAGGUCAAAGUUGAAAAAACGUGAUUUUUCUGAUGAAGCCUCUGCAACAACUGAAUCUGAUAUAGAGGAGACCCUCAAGAGGCUAGUUGGACAACUAAAAAAGUCCCCAGAAGAGGUUUUUGAUGCUUUAAAGAACCAAACUGUAGAUCUGGUCCUCACAGCACAUCCAACUCAGUCUGUUCGUAGAUCUCUGCUUCAAAAGCAUGCGAGGAUCCGGAAUUGUUUGACUCAGUUGUAUGCCAAAGACAUCACUCCUGAUGAAAAGCAGGAGCUUGAUGAGGCUCUACAAAGAGAGAUUCAAGCUGCAUUUCGGACUGAUGAAAUCAGGAGAAAUCCGCCGACUCCACAAGAUGAGAUGAGGGCAGGAAUGAGUUACUUCCAUGAGACAAUAUGGAAGGGGGUCCCUAAAUUCUUACGCCGUGUUGACACUGCCUUGAAGAAUAUUGGAAUAAAUGAACGUGUUCCAUAUAAUGCUCCUGUCAUUCAAUUUUCUUCUUGGAUGGGCGGGGAUCGCGAUGGUAACCCAAGGGUAACCCCAGAAGUUACAAGAGAUGUGUGCUUAUUGGCUAGAAUGAUGGCUGCUAAUUUGUAUUUUUCUCAGAUAGAGGAUCUUAUGUUUGAGCUUUCUAUGUGGCGUUGCAGUGAAGAACUUCGAGCUCGUGCAGAUGAACUUCAUAGGUCUUCAAGAAGAGAUGCAAAACACUUUAUUGAGUUUUGGAAGCAAAUUCCACCAAAUGAGCCUUAUCGUGUUAUUCUUGGUGAUGUGAGGGAUAAGCUGUAUAAUACUCGUGAACGUGCUCGACAAUUACUAGCCACUGGGAUCUCUGAUAUUCCUGAAGAAGCAGCAUUUGCUAAUCUUGAACAGUUUCUGGAGCCUCUGGAGUUGUGUUACAGAUCGCUGUGUGCUUGUGGUGAUCGACCAAUUGCCGAUGGAAGCCUUCUUGAUUUUCUGAGGCAAGUUUCAACAUUUGGACUUUCAAUGGUGAGACUCGAUAUCCGACAAGAAUCAGAUAGGCACACUGAUGUUCUAGAUGCCAUCACUAGACACCUAGUGAUUGGAUCCUACCGAGAGUGGUCAGAGGAACGCAGACAGGAAUGGCUUUUAUCUGAACUUAGUGGAAAACGUCCUCUAUUUGGUCCUGAUCUUCCCAAAACUGAAGAAAUUGCUGACGUGUUGGACACCUUUCAUGUCAUUGCCGAACUUCCAUCAGAUAACUUUGGGGCCUAUAUAAUUUCAAUGGCUACUGCUCCAUCAGAUGUGCUUGCUGUAGAACUUUUGCAACGUGAAUGCCAUGUGAAAACUCCACUCAGGGUUGUUCCAUUAUUUGAAAAACUUGCUGAUCUUGAGGCUGCACCAGCUGCUGUGGCUCGGCUGUUUUCAAUAGAUUGGUACCGUAAUCGAAUCAAUGGUAAACAAGAAGUCAUGAUAGGAUACUCUGAUUCAGGAAAGGAUGCAGGUCGUCUUUCUGCAGCUUGGCAGAUGUACAAGGCUCAAGAGGAGCUUGUAAAGGUGGCAAAACAAUAUGGAGUUAAACUAACAAUGUUCCAUGGCCGAGGAGGGACCGUUGGAAGAGGAGGAGGUCCCACGCAUCUUGCUAUAUUAUCUCAGCCUCCAGAUACCAUUCAUGGGUCACUUCGGGUUACUGUUCAAGGAGAAGUUAUUGAACAGUCUUUCGGGGAAGAGCAUUUAUGUUUCAGAACCCUCCAGCGUUUUACAGCGGCUACUCUGGAGCAUGGAAUGCAUCCCCCUGUCUCACCAAAGCCAGAAUGGCGCGCACUUAUGGACGAGAUGGCUAUUGUUGCUACAAAAGAGUAUCGUUCUGUAGUUUUCCAGGAGCCUCGAUUCGUUGAGUAUUUCCGUCUAGCAACACCAGAGUUAGAGUAUGGUCGAAUGAACAUUGGGAGUCGUCCAGCAAAAAGGAAGCCAAGUGGUGGAAUUGAAUCCCUCAGAGCUAUUCCAUGGAUAUUUGCAUGGACUCAGACAAGAUUUCAUCUUCCAGUCUGGCUUGGCUUUGCGGCUGCAUUUAAAUAUGUCAUUGAUAAAGAUAUCAGAAAUCUGCAAAUGCUCAAGGAUAUGUACAAGGAAUGGCCCUUUUUUAGAGUGACAAUUGACUUGAUUGAAAUGGUUCUUGCUAAGGGAGACCCAGAAAUUGCUGCUUUGUACGACAAGCUACUAGUCUCAGAGGAACUGUGGUCAUUUGGAGAGCGCUUGAGGUCUAACUAUGAAGAAACUAAGAACCUCAUCCUUCAGGUUGCUGGUCACAAGGAACUUCUUGAAGGAGACCCUUACUUGAGACAAAGACUCAGACUUCGUGAUCCAUACAUUACCACAUUGAACGUAUGCCAAGCCUACACAUUAAAGCGAGUCCGUGAUCCUAGCUACAAUGUGAAGGUGAGGCCACACCUAUCAAAGGAAAUCACAGAUUCAUUGCCAUCAAGCAAAUCAGCUUCUGAGCUGGUCAAGCUUAACCCGAGCAGCGAGUAUGCUCCGGGAUUGGAAGACACUCUCAUCUUGACCAUGAAAGGAAUUGCCGCUGGAUUGCAGAACACCGGCUAAGGGUUGGAACACAUUGCAUUUGUUCUAAAACCUGAUGCCUGCUAAGUUAAUACAAAUACAAUGACUCGGGAGAAACAUAUGGCAGCUGGUGUCACAUCAUGUUUGCUUUAAAAGUGAGGCCCGUUAAGUUUUACUAUGAAGAGAAUAUCUGAGUAAUAGAUGUUAGCUGUUUCAAGUUUGUGAUUGUGUUAUAAAACUGCCUCCCUCAGAAUCUGCAUCGCUGCAGAUAAUAAAGCAGUUAUUGAUUUUUACUCUUCA